AUGGUAGUUCAAACAGUUAACAAAGGCGUAGUUGAUUUUGAGGACUUCUUAUUCCGACGAAGGCCGUCUGCGACACCCUUCAGCAACACCGUCUUCCUAAUCUCAGUGAAUCGUCACAAUACAACUACCAAUCGUCCAGGCCUGUGCAUAACCGAUUUUCCAGUGCCGAACGCAUGCCCCCCUCCAUCAUGCCCCGCUCCACCACCACCACCACCUCCCCCUCCUUCUUCCGCAGCUGCUACUCCCCAAGCACCACGGGUCCUUGCUUCCUACACUGCUCCUCGCGGUGCUGACUCGCAGAAACUCAUUUCCCAUUUCCGCCGCAGUCGCAGCCAAUACCAUCCGAACCCACCACCCUACCGUCGUCCCCUGCCACCUCCUACCGAAUCCACCAAGCUCUGUGGAGGAAGCAUCUCUUCCGCUCCGGAGCUCUACACUAUCUGCCCUCUCCCCCCGACUGUCAACGAGCCCUCGGACUUUGGAGAGGAGGAUGCGUCCGCCGUGAAGCCGCCUUCAGCCACCACAGUACUGGGAAUCUCGGAAGUCUUAAAAGAACCUGAAGAGCAGGAUGAAGUGUUACUUGACGAGGGAAACGAGAAUGAGGACACUGACUUCGAUAGCUAUGUUGUCACCGGUACUGAAGGGGAAGAGGGUGGUGCCGGCGAUGAGGACGAUGAUGAGGACAUCAAAUCUGCCUUCUUGGUUACCCCCCGUCAAUCGUCCUCUGCGGAACAGGGAGAAGCUUCCACCACUGCGUGCCUUCAUCUUUCGAGCACGGAGCAACGUAGGCGACUGAGUAUGCAGUCAAGCUUGAAGAUAUUGCAGGAGCUCGUCCUGCAAAACCAGGAGAAGAGACUGGGAGGGGAGAGGAAGGUGACCAGUGGUCAUCAAACUUUGCAGCAACAGCAUAACCACCACGUUCAUCACCAGAAGACCUCAAAAGCGGCGGUUUUGAGGGAUGGUGCGGAGUUGAUUCGAUCUCAGAGGGCGAUUCGUGAUCAGUUGGAUGCGGAGAUUAAUCGUCUUAGGGCGGAGCUGGAUAGUCUCCAGGAGUCAGUUAACGCAUGUUGCGACAAGCUGCCCACGUCGGGGGCCAUGUCCAAGCAGCAGGUGAAGAGCAUGAAGAAUGUGGCACGCGUCUGGUUCCGUAAUUUUGUGGCCGCAGCGACAGAGGCCAACUGGAAGUUCUACAUUUUCAGCCUCAUCUUCACAGAGGUCUUCGAAACCUACUGUGAGAAGGUCUGCUGCUCAGCUUCCCGCGAAGUCCUUCGACGGUCCACGAUCAGCUGGUUGGAGGAUCACUGCGAUUUGCCACAGCUACGAAAGCGCGUCAGUGUUGUCGUAUCUAUGCAAGUGACAAGGCACGCGAAGCAGCCUCUCGUUUGGCUUUCCAAUCAUCCCCACCACCGUCUUCGCUAUCCUUCUCCACCGCCACCACAACUUCCAGGUCCUCCACCUCUCCCUCUUCGGUACCGCAUUUCUCCCCACCCCUUCCCAACCUUUCUCAGCCUGCCUCUUCCUCCUCAACUUCCACUACCACCACCUUUCUGCCACAUCUCUAGCAGGGCGCUACUUACUACUUUUGAUAAUCUACUCUCCAUUGCUCUUUUUACCGCGGGUGGAAUUCAUGUCGCCACUUUGUGGGCCAAAUCGCAGGAGACUGGAAGGCUCCGAGGUCAGCAACGCAGCUUAGACGGAAAUCAGCCUGCCAAGAAUGCACAAAAUAAAAGCGGGGAUGCUGACAACUUCACAUUCAAUUUUGAGCAGUCGAUUUAG